AAGAAAUCAAGGAUCACUGAGCCCCUCCUAUGCUCCAGGACGAAGAGUUGGCAUUUUCCACGAGAGAAAAGCAGCAGCAGCUCUUACAGAAAGUCCUGGCAGCCACUGACCUGGAUGCUGAGGAAGAGGUGGUGGCAGGAGAAUUUGGUUCCAAAUCCAGCCAGGUAUCUCGGCACUUUGGCACAAUGAGCUCUGUAUCUGGGACCGACCACCCCCUGUACAUGGAAUACUGCUCUUCAUGGGGCAAGACCCACGAAGCACGUGCACCCAUUCUUCAAGCGAUUCAGGAAAUGAUGUCCACAGGGCCACACAGGUCAAGCCUGGGUGCUCAGCACCAAAGCUGGAUAGGAAUUUUCCACAUCAUUUUCUUUCCUCUAGCAUUGACCAAAGUGAUCUAGGUGCAGUGUUUGUUAACUGUGUUGAAGAAAAUGCAUCGAGGGGCGCCUGGGUGGCUCAGUUGGUUAAGCGUCCAAC